AUGCUAUCCAUUGCCUCACCAGUGCCACAUCGCCGAACCCCUACAGCUAGGUCAGUGCUUGGCCAUGUAACCCAAAUUACGAGGCCAACCACCAGAGCGACGAGUAUUGCAUCUCAGGAAGUGCUGUGUGCUGUUAGCGAAUCCCGUGGGGUUUCUCCGACUGUUGGCCUUGCUUUCGUCAACUUGUCAACGUCCGAAGCGGUGCUUUGCCAGGUAUGCGACAACAACUCGUAUGUGAGAACAAUCAACAAAAUAGCUGUAUUCGAACCCACCGAGCUUCUUUUCAUGAGCACGCGAAGUGCGCAACAGACAAAGCUGUUUGGAAUUAUCCAAGAGUAUAUUCCUGACCUCAUUAUCCACUGCGUUGACCGGCGGUACUGGUCUGACAGAGCCAGCCAUGAGUACGUGGACAAACUGGCUUUUCCAGCCGAAUUAGAUUCAAUCCAGCUGGCGUUAGAAAAUCACUAUUUUGCGGCAUGUUGUCUCGCUGCAGUGAGUAAGGUACUAAAAUAUGUUGAGCUUCAACUUGACAUGACAUUUGCAUAUCAUUCACUCCGUAUAAAGUUUGAGGCUUCUCAAGGCUCAAUGCUGAUUGAUCUUUCCACAGUUGCGUCUCUCGAAUUGAUCCAAAAUCUUCAGAACUCCAAGUCGAGGGAUUGCUUGUUGGGCCUUUUGAAUGAGACACUAACGCCAAUGGGGGCCCGUCUGCUGAAAACUAAUAUUCUACAGCCGGCCACUGAAAUCGAGAAAAUCAUAGCACGUCACGAUGCCGUCGAAGAAUUUAGUAGCAAAGAAGAGUUGUUUUACGCUACGAGACAAGCACUGAAAGGAUUUGUCGAUGCUGAUAAGGUCCUGACUUCGAUUAUUCUAAAUCCAGUAAAACUAUCCAUACAAUACGUUGAGCAGUCAGUGAAUCACGUCAUUGCCUUGAAAUCAUACAUCUAUUCCAUCAAACCUGUAUACGAAGCCCUAGCCGGUGCUGAUAGCGCACUUCUUCUCAAGAUCAGAGAUAUCUGCGCACCAAGCUCGUAUCAAUCAAUCAAAGAAACUAUAGAUAGAACACUCAACGAGGACGUGACUUUCCAGAGCAAACCUCUUGAUUUGCGAAACCAGAGGACUUACGCGAUCAAGGCCGGAGUAAAUAGCUUACUAGAUGUCGCUCGUCAGGCAUACAAGGAAGCUAAUGCCGAUGCAUCGGAGCUUGUCACUGCUUUGGCUGAGCAGCACAAUCUAGCCCUAAAUCUGAAGUUCGAUAAUGUAAGACAUUACUAUAUCAGUCUUUGUGUCGUCGAAAUAGACGGUCCGCUUCCUGAAGAGUUUGUCAACAUUUUCAGAAAAAAAGACCGUAUUGAAUGUCAGACACUAGACCUUGUCAAACUCAACCAGAGAAUUUCAGACUCUCACCAUGAAGUAAUCAAUAUGAGUGAUCAAACCAUUCAGGAGUUGAUUGACGAAAUCUGUCAGGAUGUUUCUAUUCUCUUCAAAGUCAGCGAGGCAAUCGCAACUCUUGACAUGCUAGUUGCCUUUUCUCACCUCGUGACAAUAGAGGACUACAUCCGGCCAGAAUUCACCAAUGUUCUCGCGAUCAAGUCUGGCCGCCAUCCAAUACAUGAGAAGAUCCACAAGGACAAGUUUGUUCCCAACGAUACCUACGCUGCUCAGCAAUCGCGAUUUCAGAUUGUAACUGGAUGUAACAUGAGUGGAAAAUCUACGUACAUACGUUCAAUUGCGCUCAUGGCCAUAAUGGCGCAUAUCGGCUCUUUUGUUCCUGCUGAUUAUGCUUCAUUUCCCAUCAUUCACCAACUAUUUGCCCGGGCGGCCACAGUGGACGAGUUGAACGCCAGUGUCUCGACAUUCGCCGCUGAAAUGCGUGAGAUGUCCUUCAUUCUACAGAAUAUAGAUCCGCGAAGUCUCGUUAUUGUCGACGAGCUUGGUCGCGGAACAAGCACUACAGACGGGCUCGCGAUUGCGAUAGCAAUAGCCGAAGCUCUCGUCGACAGUCAUGCACUUGUUUGGUUUGCGACUCAUUUUCGCGAUCUCGCGCAUAUACUAGCUGGACGGACUGGCGUUGUCAACUUGCAUCUUGCCGUUCAAAUUUCGGAAGCCCGUAAAAUGACAAUGUUGUUCAAAGUACAAGAAGGCCAUGUACAGGAAAAGUUCUAUGGUCUCGCUCUCGCACGAGUUCUGCCCUUCCCUCCUCAGGUCCUAGAAAUCGCGCAGAACGUAUCAGAAUACUUAACCACGAAUGCUGAACGUCGUGCUUCUAGUUCUAAGGCUCUGGCAACAGCUCGAAAGCGUAAGUUAGUUCUUCUCCUAAGGGAGCAAUUGUUACAAGCGUAUCACGGGAAUAUAGAUGGAGAAGACCUCCGAGGGUGGCUACAAAGACUACAGGAAGAAUUUGCCAUGAAGAUGGCGGCAAUAGAAGCGGACCUUGGCCAGGUCCCGGUGGAGAGUGUUGAGGGGAUUGAAGGUAGUCGUGGAAUCGAAGAGAUCGAUCACCAUAGUCCUGGGGAAAAAGUAUCUGAGGAUAACCCGUUCAUGCCCAUUGAGGAGUUUGGGUCUACCCUGGACGAUGAUAUGAUUUAA